AUGCACUACCUGCAACAAGCGUUGGCCGCAGCCGGACGGGGCGAGCCCGUCAAGUGGGAGGCGAAGGUGCAACUUGGGUAUGGUCAUCGAAACAACGUGAGGUGCCGCUUCCUCUUGGGACUCUUUCUUCUCGUGGGUGCCGCCUCGGAUGCACCUCAGCAGACGUGCUUCGUGCUGUACCUCUUUGGCUGGCAAGCGGACUCCGUUGCCAGCUUUGUCUCUUCGACUCGGCGCACUGCAGUGGCUGCAUCGAAGUUGGCUCAUCUUCACUUUGCAAUGCGUGGUUGGCUAUCGAAUGAGAGAGUGAAUGGUGAUGAGGACGGGUUCCACUUUGCCAACAUCGUCUCCAUCGGAUGCAUCCUCCUCUCUUCGUUGGCGAAUCAACUGCUGAUUCGGCCUGCGAGAAAGAGGAAGUACACGGAGGAUGACAUUUGCAUGCAGCUCUGGAUACGGAUUGGCGGUACGUGCCGCUGCUGCAGGGACAUCGGCGCCGAGCCUGACGACAGCGCUGCAUCCUCCGGCGAUGGAGGUGGUGCCCGUCGCUCCAUGACCUCUUGGGCCUCAAAGCUGGGCCAGAAGGCGUCGCAGCUGAAAUCCGUGACCAAGGCCGUCCAGUCUACCAGGGAGGCGAUCGCGAACGAGGUGCCGGAGGAUGAUGAAGAUGCGGCCCCGGCAGAGGGAGCUCAGGGGAGAGCGCGCCGAUGGCGACGAGAAUUUUGGAAUGCGGCCAAGCUUGUGGCGCGAGACAUGGCCGACUUGAAGGCGGACGAAGAAGACGAAGCCCUGUUGCAGGAGGCCCUCCGCGUCGCGCUGGAGACCUUGAAUCAGGAGCCUGCGGAGCAGGGCAGUGUCAGGGCAAAGCGGCGCCUUUUGGCGAAAGGCGGAGAGGAAGAAGAUCGGGAAAUCGACCCGGUGAUUCCGGCAGAAGAGCUGCCGGCGCAAACGGUCCCCCACGCCCUCGUGGUCGGAGUUGGCCCGUCGGUAGGAACUGCUUUCCUCAAUGACCAAAGAGGCGUGACGAAGGCUGGGAUGCGCCUGGCACCGGAAGGUCCUCCGGCGGAGGAGUGGGCAUUUGCACCACCAAGGCGCGGUGAUGCGCCGGAGGAGGAUGCCGCUACGGAUGUCGCCGGAGAAGGGGGAGAGGUCCCCAGCUCCAGCGACGGCCCCGCCGCAAGCGCAGCGGGCCAUGAGGAGAAGAAGAACAUCACCGACACCACCCGGGAGCUCUUCGGCAAAGUCGGCGGCUUCUUCCAGCGCCCUGAGGACUCCCAUCUCAAAGAGAAGGUCGAGGACAUCAAAGCAGGCGGGAAGAAGGCUGCGGAAAAGGUCAGAGAUGUGGGCGGAAAGCUGUGGCAGAAGACCGACCAUUGGUUGCACAAUCUGCGAAGCAGCCAGGGUCACGAAGAGGCCACUGCCGCUGCGGAAGUGGAAGGUCCAGGUUCCACUUUGACAACGAGGGAUGCUGACUUGGAGGAUCAGGGGACUUAG